AGUUCAUACGGUUAAUUGAGCCUGCAUAGCAAAUUAAAUGGUGGGCAGUGUACACAUGCAACGCGUUAAACCAUCGCAUAAAAAAUAACAGUCAGCUUGAAUAGUAAAUAAAAGUAUGUGAAAAAUGGACAAAUUGAAUCCGGUUGAUCAAAAGUUCUUUUAGCAAAGAUUAAUUAUCAAACUCGGGACAGAGCACGAGACUGCAUAUACACACAAUUCGGGGACUGCCGAAGAAGAAGACCCGGGCAAUGCACCUCAGGUGUGUACCACACACGAUCACACCUCACAAGUUCUCCGAAGUACAUCAACGUGUUCAGUGUGGAUCUCUGUAGAAGUAGUAACUAACUAACUAAAUAGACAUAAAUGGACAUAAUUACGACUGUCAAGUUCUUUGUUUCACUACCAUGUUUAUUUUGACGAAAUGGGAACGACGUGAAUAAUCUCGCCUUCUACACUUGUUAUCUGGUCAUGGAGGAAUUAGUGUCAAUAAGCUAGCCAAAAUUCUACAUAGCUCAUGUUCCAUCAUGUUCGGCAUGCAAAGCAACCCUUCUUGGGGGUCGCAACAUAUUUUUCAAAGAGCAAAAACUGAGGACCUUAAGCACAUAUUUUAUAAGUAUGCAUCUACAAAAGUUGAUGACGAGUGGUUCAUGUCAUCGGAGGAUUUUAUUAGGAAAUUCCUCGGGCUCUACAAUACUGAAGAUUAUGCCCCCGACUCCCUUAAAAUCCUGGUUGGAAUCAUCGACACAUCGAAAGAUGGGCUCAUCUCGUUUAAAGAGUUUCAAGCCUUUGAAGCCCUUCUUUGCGUCCCGGACGCCUUGUACAACACGGCAUUUCGACUUUUCGACAAAAAUGGGAACGGACUCGUGAGUUGCGAUGAGUUUGAGCACAUCAUAGGGCAAACGACGCUUCAAAAGGAAAUACCAUUCGACCUCAACGGCCACUUUGUCAGAUUGUACUUUGGAGAGAAGAAAGACCGUGUCGUAACUUAUACGGAAUUUAGCCAGUUCAUUCACGACUUUCAUGAAGAAUAUGCUGCAGAGGCCUUUCGAAGGUUUGACUCCAACCGGACGGGGUUCAUCAGUGUGGACGACUUUUGUAGGAUCAUGAUCACGAUUCGAUCACAUUUAUUGACAAGACACGUGAAGGGCUUAUUAAAAGACAUUGUGAAAAAAGUGACCAAUGACGAGCAAGUGUCGUUUCCCUUCUUCAUUGCCUUCAACACAAUCCUGGCGAACGUGGAGUUGGCAAAGAAAGUUUAUCUGUUGGCAACGAAAGGCAUUCGCGAUAGGGAAAUCUCGAUCCAAGAAUUUCAAGCGGCGUCAAACAUGAUGAGUCAAAUCACUCCCCUUCAGUCCCAGAUCCUCUUCACCCUCUCCACCCUCAUCCACGACUCCCCCACGAUGAUAUACUCCGACUUUGAGAAGCUCGCUCCCGAACAGUACUAUCGCAAAGUGCAAAAGAGAAUUGUUGACAUCAAAGCAGUCGAGAAUCCUGAGGAUAGAAAUGCAUUCAUAGAAUUGUUAGAGAGUGGCUACCGAUUCGCCAUCGGGAUCAUGGCCGGAGCAAUUGGAGCAAUUGUGGUUUACCCGAUGGACUUGGUUAAAACGAGGAUGCAGCUAAAUCGCCCCAGUUCUUUGUAUGAAGGACGACUUUACACAGGGACACGCGAUUGUAUUCAGAAAGUGGCUCAACACGAAGGGAUCUACGGCUUCUAUCGAGGCAUCACUCCUCAGGUUGUGGGCGUUGCUUUGGGAAAGGCAAUCAAACUUUCGAUGAACGAUUGGAUUCGCGACAAAUUCAUGAAUCGGAAGGGCGUUGUUCCAUUUCAUUCCGAGAUUUUCGCAGGAGCCGCAGCUGGAUUCUUCAAUGUGUUUUUCAUCAACCCACUUGAAGCUAUCAAAAUUCGUGUCCAAGUUGCUAGUCAAAUUAACCACAACGAGAGAUUAAAAUCCAUAACGGCCAUCAGGAAUCUGGGCGUAUCCGGGUUGUACAAGGGAUUCUUGGCCUGCUGUUUGAGAGACGUACCAUUUUGUGCAAUAUUUUUCCCAUGUUACGCUCACAUGAAGGUGAGGUUGCAAGAUGACGAUGGAUAUAAUACUGCAACUUCCUUGCUGAUGGCAGGGAUCCUCAGCAGCCUUCCGGGAGCCGGUAUUUCUAUGCCUUUUGACAAGAUGAAGACACGAUUGCAGGCGGAACCUUUGCCUGGACAAUCCAAAUACGCCGGAAUUGGAGAUGUCAUGAGAAAAAUUUAUACUGAAGAAGGACUCAGAGCUUUUUGGCAAGGGACGAGAUUAAUCAAACCAUCGUCCCAAUUUGGCGUCACUCUUCUCGUCUAUGAAGUUCUUCAACGCUUAUUUUACGUGGAUUUCGCUGGAACGAGGCCCACAGGGUCGGAACAAACUGUAUUAGUGACGGGGUUGGAACAGGUCAAGUCCACUAAUCCAGACCACAUUGGGGGCUUCGCACUCGCACUUCCAAUUGUUUCCGGCCUGGAAUCGAAGUUUGGUCUUGUAUUCCCAAAGUUUAAGCAUGAAAUAUUUGAACUGCCAUCGAAGACAAAAAAUACUACUUAAAAAGGAACAAGUUUAAUAUUCAAUAUUACCACCACCAAAGAUUAAUAACGAUUCUAGUCAAAAUAGUAAUUUAUUUGCUCAAAUAUCUUUGUAUCACGUACUACAAUUUUAUAUUUAGGGUAGUAAUGGCUGUUUUAAUAGUACGUUGUAGUUUGUCACAAUUUUUCCCCGUCGACUCUAGAAAAACAAAUGUCUACAGCAAAGAGAGUAACAUAGUAUACAUAGUAGCAUAGUGACUACGUCUUAAAAAACAAUAAUCUCAAUGGCGUGCAUCAAGAAUGACACGCGGUCAUCAGGAACCGUGAGCGGACAUUGUUCCCUUCCCACAGAAAUAUUGUAUCGUAAACGUUAUUAUCUCCUUACACGAUUAUUUAACAUUUAGCAUCCAAGUUGUGUCCCUUAUAGAGUGAUAAAGUGUCAAAUAAUCUUGAUCUCCUUCCCUUAUAAUCCACACAAUGCUCCCACGGUUCCUCGGCCUAUGUGACACGAACCCCUACCCAUUCCUAUUAUGUGUAAUUUACCUGCUGUGAUCUAAGUACAUACGUGACCUGACCUACGAUAGUAGAUACGUA